AUGGGAACCCAACGUGAUAGGUUAGAAGAUCUUAUCAGAGGACUGACACCAGAAAAAACUAAAAUAGGUGAAGUAAUGGUGUUUUGUAUAGAACAUAGUGAAGCUGCAGAAGAAAUAGCCGAAUGCAUAACAGAAUCUUUGUCAAAUGAAUCUACUCCUUUGACAAAGAAGAUUUCAAGACUUUACUUAGUAUCAGACAUUUUACAUAACUGUGGGGUGAAAGUUAAUAAGGCAUCAUUUUUCCGGAAAGCAUUUCAGAACAAAUUACUGGAAAUCUUCAAGUUCAUCAAACAAACUUACGACAACUUGGAGGGUCGAUUGCAAGCUGAAGGUUUCAAAGUGAGAGUUCUGAGAACUUUAAAAGCUUGGGAAGACACAAUUUAUCCCAAGGAUUUCAUGAAUAAGUUGCACAACGUGUUUUUAGGAUUAGAAGAAGAGGAGGAGAAGGAUACCCCCAAAGACUUGGCUGAAGAUAUUGAUGGCAAUCCAUUAGAACCACAAGAAUCUGAUGACGAUGUUCCAAUGGAUGGGGCAGCUCUUUUGAAAACUGCCAUGAUGCAGUAUGAAAGCGGAUCUGCAGAUGAACUUGAUAUUGAUGGACAAGAAAUCAAGGAGGAUAAUCCUAAGGACACAGAAUUGAGUGGAUUCAUAACAUCAAAAUGGGAAACUGUAGAUCCAGAACAAAUUGAGGCACAAGCAAUGACCACAAGCAAAUGGGAUUUACUCGAGAAUAGUCAAGAUGCAAGUCAGGGAAGCAGUACCAAUGAAAAUCAGGAUCUCAAUGAUUAUUCGGAUUCAAGAAACAUUACAGAAGAAAAAAGACAGAAGUUGCGAGAGAUAGAAGUGAAGGCAGUACAAUAUCAGGACGAAUUGGAAUCAGGACAAAGGCAGCUGAAAAGUGGUUGGACUCUUCCUCAACAGGUGGAACAUUAUAGGCGGAAAUUACUCAGAAAAUCAGAAAAAGAGAAAAAAGAUAAAAGUGAAAAGCAAUCAAAAAGUGAGAAACAUAAAAGAGAUUAUGACAAGAGUGAGAGAAGAGUUACAGCAGAAAGUUCUGACGAUGAGGCUUACUAUCGAGAACUGUCAAAAACCCGUUCUCCGUCGCGAAAGAAGAGUGUUAGGGCUUUGAGCCCACCAAGUCCACCUCGGAUUAGACGUCACUCUCCGGUUUCAUCUGCUUCGCGAUCAGCUAAGAAAACCAAAGAUUCCCUUUCCCCAUCCAGCUCUAGUAAAUAUUCUUCACCUUCUAGAAAACAUCGGUUAUCUCCGUCUCCACCUAGAAGUAAACAGAGCCAGAAGUCACCUACCAGAAAUCGACAGGCGAGCCCAUUCUCAUCCCGAUCUAAAUAUAGUUCUCCAGAGCCACCAAGGAAACGUAGACACAAACAUAAAUACUAAAUUUCGAUUUGAUCUUUCAUCAUUUCUUAGAUAAUCAGUUAUAUUAUAAUUACCUUUAUUUCCAGGUAUUACUUUUUUCUAUUGUACAUAAAUCUACCAAUUUUUUUUGUUACAUAUCAUUUAUAAAUAUAAUAUAUUUUAAAUGGUCUCGAAUAUUGUACUCCGUUAAAAAUUAGGAAGCAGUGAAAGAACGAGGGCUCACUAUUGGAAUGUUAUCUAAAUGAUGUAUUGUCUUUCACAACUGAAAAUGACAAUAAUUAAAGCAUACUGCUAAUUUUCUGAUUGA